AUGGCGAGGGGCGGCAAACGGCGUAGCCAACACUUCUACCGGACCACCUACUACAAUAGCGAUACCACCCAUGAUCGUCAAACCCCUCCUCGAAAGAAAGCCAAAGUCAGCAGCCCCGUCAACAAACGCGUGCCGGUGGAUUUUGCCUUUGCCGCGGCCGUCGGCGGCGAUGUAACUGGAGCCACCGUGUUCCAGCAAGACGGGUGCAUCUACGAUGCCCACCUCCACCAAGCGUCGUUGUCGUCGAGACGCCAUGCGACGUGCCUGCUUCAAGUCGUAGCCACUUCGUACGGGUACUACGUCUGGCAACGGCACAAUAGUUGGCACGAGGACGACCCAACGUCGAAUGACGUGACGUCCACCGACUUGUCGCCGCUUUUCGUGUCGACGUCGUUGGCCAUUGACUCGUUCACGUCGGAGUUUGAGCAAAAGACGGGCGUUGCGUGGGUCGAUCGCGUCAACAAUGUGACGCGGUUGCAAGUUGACCCGUUUGACGGCCUGUAUUGCUACGUGGCCAUGGAGUACCCGUCGACGCACUCGUUAGCAUUGCUCGACCAUCGGUGCUUGGGUCCGUCCCUGCAUACCGACGUGCGCAAGUUGAUGUCCAUAUUGUACAAGGACGACCAAGAUCGUCACGUUAUCAAGCCAUUUGAUACCAUUCCUGUGCCCAUGCCAUUGCCAUUGCCAUACGCUCAAGUUGCCAUCGAAUUGGCACAUUCAAUUCUGGACCAAGUGGAGGCCACGUUGCAGGCAAAGGGGCCGCGGGGGCGUCGUGCCAAACUCCUAGGGUGGAGCAACCGAUACUUUUCAGCUAUUCCACACACGUAUCCGCCGCGCGUGAUGCUGGAUUCCAUGGAAAAGGUGGAGAAUUGCCGCGAGACGCUCAAGGAGCUGCACAUGACGAGCCCCUCCCGUUCGUUUCUUCACCACUUGCCACCGCUGGACAACUUGGAGCAAAAGUAUGCAGCGCUGGGCGUGGAUUUGGAAGUCGUGCCCAAGGAGUCGCUGGAGUACGACUUGGUAGCCACGUACUUGCACAACUCGAAGGACCAUGUUCAGUACGAAAUGAAGAUCCAAGCAGUGUAUCGGGUGAUGAAAGAGGACGAAACCAUGGCAUUCAAGCGGUUUGAACGAUUUGGCAAUCGAAAGCUGUUGUGGCACGGCAGCAGCAUGACCAACUGGCCAGGCAUUCUCAAAGACGGUGAGAGUAGCUACGUUACCAUAGCCUUCAAAUUGCCCCGCCGCACGUGA